CGGAGGGGCUGAGGCCGCGCUCCGGGUGGCGGCCAUGACGGCCCCCGCCUGCUCCCAGAUCCUGACAAAGCCAGAGACCAUUUACCAGAGGAGAAGCGCAGGGACCGCCGAAGAGGUCGGGUGUCCCCCGGAGAUGGCUGUGUCGGAGCCCAGGGGCAGCACCGCGGGACCAGUAACAGUCAAAGAUGUGACUCUGGCCUUUACCAAGAAGGAAUGGGAGCAACUAGAUGCCACUCAGAGGAGCCUGUACAAGGAUGUGAUGCUGGAGAAUUAUAGCAACCUAGCCUCAACAGGGUGUCAAACUCUCAAACCAGAUAUGAUAUCCAAGUUGGGAAAAGGAGAAGAGCUGUGGCUGGGGAAAGGAAAAAAACCCAAACAAGGUGGUUUGAGUGAAAUAGCAAGACCCAAGGAAGUAGGAGCCAACAGAAAGGAAGUCCAGCAAGAUGAUGACCAGCUGGAGAACCACCAGGAAUCUCCAAACAAACUCCUUGGGGAAGUUGCAUUCAAGAAAAAAAAUCUGACUAAGAAAAAGGGCCAUGAAUGUAGUUCAUUGGAGAAAAAAAAUAUGAGUACAAAGCAUGUUCCCUCAAAAAAAAAGCUUCUUAAAUUUGAUUCAUAUGAAAAGAAUUUAGACUUACCUGGUCAUGUAAAAAACUAUGCAGAAAAGAAACGUGAUGUAGCUAAAGAGCACAGGAAAUCAUUCGGCCAUAGCUUAUCUGAUGCAAAGAAAGACAAAAGCCAGAUUGAAAAAAUACAUGAGAAGUUAUCCAACCGUAGCUCAUCUAAAAGGACUGACAAAAGUCAAACUGGCAAGAAACAUACUAAACGAGACAAACUUCAAACUGGAGAAAAACAUGAGAAAUUGUCCAGCCAUAGUUCGUCUCCUACUAAGCAUGACAAAACUCAGAAUAAAGUGAAACCAUAUGAAUGUAAUGAAUGUGGGAAGGUUCUCAGCCAUAAACAAGGACUUGUUGACCAUCAGAGAAUUCAUACUGGGGAGAAACCAUAUGAAUGUAAUGAGUGUGGAAUAGCCUUUAGCCAAAAAUCACACCUUGUUGUACACCAGAGAACUCACACUGGAGAAAAACCAUAUGAAUGUAGUCAGUGUGGCAAAGCCCACGGUCAUAAACACGCCCUCACUGACCAUCUGAGAGUUCAUACUGGGGAAAAGCCCUAUAAAUGUACUGAAUGUGGAAAAACCUUCAGACAUAGCUCAAACCUUAUUCAACAUGCACGAUCUCAUACAGGCGAGAAGCCCUAUGAAUGCAAGGAAUGUGGAAAGUCCUUUAGGUAUAACUCAUCUCUUACUGAACAUGUGAGAACUCAUACAGGUGAAAUACCAUAUGAAUGUAAUGAAUGUGGAAAAGCCUUUAAGUAUAGUUCAUCCCUUACUAAACAUAUGAGAAUUCAUACAGGUGAGAAACCCUUUGAAUGUGGUGAAUGUAAGAAAGCUUUCAGCAAGAAGUCACACCUCACUAUACAUCAAAGAACUCAUACUAAAGAGAAACCCUAUAAAUGUAAUGAAUGUGGAAAAGCCUUUGGACAUAGCUCAUCUCUUACUUACCAUAUGAGAACUCAUACAGGUGAAAGUCCCUUUGAGUGUAAUCAGUGUGGGAAGGCCUUCAAACAAAUUGAAGGUCUUACUCAGCAUCAGAGAGUUCAUACUGGGGAGAAGCCCUAUGAAUGUAAUGAAUGUGGAAAAGCCUUUAGCCAAAAGUCACACCUCAUUGUACAUCAGAGAACUCAUACUGGCGAGAAACCCUAUGAAUGUAAUGAAUGUGGAAAAGCCUUCAAUGCAAAGUCACAACUUAUUAUACAUCAGAGAUCCCACACUGGGGAGAAACCUUAUGAAUGUAAUGAAUGUGGAAAAGCCUUCAAACAAAAUGCAUCCCUUACCAAACAUCAGAUAAUUCAUACAGGAGAGAAACCCUAUGAAUGUAGUGAAUGUGGAAAAGCAUUCAUCCAGAAGUCAAACCUCAUUAUUCUUCAGACGAUGCACACAGGGGAGAAACCCUAUGAAUGCAAUGAAUGUGGGAAGGCUUUCAGCAAGAAGUCAACACUUAGUGUUCAUCAAAGAGCUCAUACAGGGAAGAAGCCAUAUGAAUGCGAAGAAUGUGGAAAAGCCUUCAUCUGGCAGUCACAGCUCAUUGUACAUCAGAGAAUUCAUACUGGGGAGAAAACCCAUAGAUGUAAAGAUUGGGGAAAAGCCUUUGACAGGACAUCAGAACUAAGUGUACAUCACAGAAUUUAUACUGGAGAGAAACCCUUUGAAUGCAAUGAAUGUAAAAAAGCCUUCAUCCAGAAGUCAGAUCUCAUUGUACAUCAAAGAACUCACACUGGAGACAAGUAUCAAUGCGAUAAAUGUGGGAAAGCCUUCAUCCGGAGUUCACAGUUCAUUGAACACCAGAGAAUUCAUACUGGGGAGAAACCCUAUGAAUGCAGUGAAUGCAGAAAAGGUUUUAUCCAGAAGUCACAACUCAUUGCACAUCAGAGAAUUCAUACUGGGACGAAACCAUAUGAAUGCAGUGAAUGUGGAAAAGCCUUUAGCAAGAAGUCACACCUUACUGUACAUCCUGGAAUACAUAUUGGAGAAAAACCUUAUGAAUGCUGUGACUGUAGAAAAACUUUCAGCAAGAAAUCUACUCUCAUUGUUCAUCAGAGAAAACAUAUUGAACAGAAACACUUUUAAUGGAGUGAGAAUACUUUAAUUCAGUGGUCAAAAUUUCAUUACACUUUAUGGAAUUCCUAUAGGCUAGAAACUCUAUGAAUGUAGUAAAUAUGAGAAGCUUCAACAAUAGUUUCAGAACUAUUGAGCAUUAGAAAAUGCAUGCUGGGAAGCAACUUUGAAAAAUCAUGUUUCCAAAAAACAUUAUAUUGAUUUAUAUCUAAAAGUUUUUUUAAGUGUACUAGAAAAAUCUCAAUUACACAUGAUUGACUUGUUCACUAUAAAGUACACGUUUCUCUUUAGUGAAUAAAUGAAUUGAUUUAUCAUGACAGUAAAGUGACAGCCAUAUGUAAUUGUUCUGCAAGUGAUGUAAGAAGGGAUUUAAGCCCAAAUUAUCUGUUGGUGGGAAGUGGAUAUGGAUAUUUACACUGGUCUUACCUUUUCAUACUAAAUGACACCAUUUCCCCACCUCUCAAAACAAAAAUGUAAAAAGACAAGUUGUAACUGAAAAAGCAAUAUGGUUUGUUAUUUAAUAAGUGUCAAAAAGAAAUCACA